AUGUUUAACUCUAUUAUCUCCCUCGGCCUUUUCGGUCUAGCCUCCGCAGUGCCACUGACUUCGCGUCAACUGCCCAACUACCCUCCAUCGUCCUCUUCCACAGGCUUCAAGCUAGUCGUCAAUGUUACCGACCCGGCACAUGAUCUUUCUCCUUCCGUCAACGGCCUAUUCUUACAAGCCAUACACACUGGCGCUGGCCUCAAUGAUGCAGUUCUGCAGGUCGAUGGCAGGAUAUUCUACCAAAAUGGCACUGCCGACGAGAUCCGCUACAACCAAGGCAACAUCUUGACCGACGGCGGCAACCCACCCUUCCCUAGCGGCAUCGACGUUCAGAACAAAGACACAACCGACGCCGAUGGCAAGCACGAAGUCGCCAUCAAUGGCGGCGCGGGCACCAAGGGCGUAUCUCUCGCUUUGUUCCCGGUCCCUUACACCAUACUUACCUUUAUCGCCCGCGGCACUUUUGUAGCGUGCGAUCAGUUCGUUCCCUACUACAAGCAGAACUUCAUCACCAUUCGCUAUGCUUACGACAUCAUCAACCCACUUACCUCUCAAUUCGAGCAUGACAUCCCUCAGGGAUGUGUGGCUAUCAACUUAAUUCCUCAAUGCGAUGUACUGCCCCAGCUUCCUGUUCCGGCUAUUGCCAGCCACCAGUUUGCUGCCAAUGUCAAGUGCUAUCCAGAUGUUCGGGCGAUCGACUGGACAAAGUAUGGCCCUUGAAGCCGUUGGGACAUGAUGACAGGAUUGAGAAAAAGAGAAGUUAG